UUUACAUGGCCUGUAUAUUGCACAUUCCUCAUGUCCCCAGUUAGACUGUGAGGGCAGAGAUCGGCUCCAUGAUCUCAGUCAAUGACACAUAUUUUCAACGAAGGAUACCAGGAUUAGGCUAAAAAUGCAGUCUUGGAGUAAAAACAGGUACAGAAGGAAGAAGAGGCCCGGUAUAGUCAUUCGACAAUCUAGUGAGCACCUGGACCGGUGUUAGGUGCUGGGGGACACAGUGAUGACUAAGCCAGUCACGGUCUCUUCACUCAGACUUCACUGUAGAGGUCAAGAUCAAGGUCAUAAUUUACCCGUGUUGCUCAGGAGAAAAAAAAAAAUUGAGAGUCGUCGCAGGCCCCAGCGUCUGCGGGGUUUUGGCAUUCCUGCAGCGCAAAGACGCGAAUAAGCUAGAACUCAGUCAAGUGAAACGCUUUCACGUGACUGAACCUGACCGGCCAGAAGUCUUGAGCUGGGAGAUAAUGCACACUGAGUGCGUCGCGAGCGUCCGAGAUAAAGGGGUGUGGCUGCCCAGCCCCUGCAGCCAGUUUUUCCCGGCGUCCCUCCAUCCCGGUGGGGUCUUCCACGCCCACCAAGAGGAAAAGGGGGCGCGCUGGCCGCCCCCUUACUCCUCACUGCCCUUUAUGAAACGCCCCUAACGUGUUCAAAGGCGGAAUCAGAGCAGUGCAGACUCCACGAGGCCUGAAAGGCAAUCAGGGUCUGAGAGAAGAAUGUGGAGAGCUGACUGUGUCCCAGUGAAGAUAGAAAACAUGGAAACCUGGAAACUGUUAUCCGUAAAAAAGAACUAAUGGCUGAAGAGUAAAUCAGUAUGGCAACUAUGGUUCCACCAGUGAAACUGAAAUGGCUUGAACACCUCAACAGCUCCUGGAUUACAGAGGACAGUGAAUCUAUUGCUACAAGAGAGGGGGUUGCUGUUUUAUAUUCUAAACUGGUCAGCAAUAAGGAAGUAGUACCUUUGCCUCAACAAGUUUUGUGCCUCAAAGGACCCCAGCUGCCAGACUUUGAACGUGAAUCUCUUUCAAGUGAUGAACAGGACCACUAUUUGGAUGCCCUUCUUAGCAGUCAGCUAGCACUUGCAAAGAUGGUAUGUUCAGAUUCCCCAUUUGCUGGGGCACUUCGAAAACGAUUGCUUGUACUCCAGCGUGUCUUCUAUGCACUUUCUAAUAAAUACCACGACAAAGGCAAAGUGAAACAGCAGCAGCAUUCUCCGGAGAGCAGCUCUGGUUCAGCAGAUGUCCAUUCUGUUAGUGAACGUCCUCGAUCAAGCACUGAUGCACUUAUAGAAAUGGGUGUUCGAACUGGUCUAAGUUUAUUAUUUGCACUUCUGAGACAAAGUUGGAUGAUGCCUGUGUCGGGACCUGGUCUCAGUCUUUGCAAUGACGUUAUUCAUACUGCAAUUGAAGUUGUGAGCUCUUUGCCACCAUUAUCUUUAGCAAAUGAAAGCAAGAUUCCACCUAUGGGCUUGGAUUGCUUAUCACAAGUAACAACCUUUCUUAAAGGAGUAACUAUUCCCAAUUCUGGAGCAGACACUUUAGGUCGUAGAUUAGCUUCUGAGUUGUUGCUUGGUUUAGCAGCUCAGCGAGGUUCUUUGCGGUAUCUCCUUGAAUGGAUAGAAAUGGCAUUGGGGGCUUCAGCAGUUGUAAAUUCCAUGGAGAAAAACAAACUACCGUCAAGCCAAGAAGGAAUGAUCAGCUUUGACUGCUUUAUGACUAUAUUAAUGCAGAUGAGGCGUUCUUUGGGUUCAUCUGCUGAUCGGAGUCAGUGGAGGGAACCAACCAGAACAUCCGAUGGCUUGUGCUCACUCUAUGAGGCAGCUUUGUGUCUCUUUGAAGAGGUUUGCAGAAUGGCUUCUGAUUACUCAAGAACAUGUGCUAGCCCUGAUAGCAUUCAGACUGGUGAUACUCCCAUUGUUUCAGAAACCUGUGAGGUUUAUGUUUGGGGGAGCAAUAGCAGCCAUCAGUUGGUAGAAGGCACACAGGAGAAAAUACUACAACCCAAACUGGCUCCUAGUUUCUCUGAUGCUCAGACUAUUGAAGCUGGACAGUACUGCACUUUUGUCAUUUCUACAGAUGGCUCUGUCAGAGCUUGUGGUAAAGGCAGCUAUGGAAGACUAGGCCUUGGAGACUCUAAUAAUCAAUCUACUUUAAAAAAGUUAACAUUUGAGCCUCACAGGUCCAUUAAAAAGGUCUCAUCUUCUAAAGGAUCUGAUGGUCAUACUUUAGCUUUCACUACAGAAGGAGAAGUCUUCAGUUGGGGAGAUGGUGAUUAUGGGAAACUGGGACAUGGAAAUAGUUCAACACAGAAAUAUCCCAAACUUAUUCAGGGCCCUCUGCAGGGAAAGGUAGUUGUUUGUGUGUCGGCUGGAUACAGACAUAGUGCUGCUGUCACAGAGGAUGGUGAAUUAUACACAUGGGGUGAAGGAGAUUUUGGAAGAUUAGGUCAUGGUGACAGUAAUAGCCGUAACAUUCCAACAUUAGUAAAAGACAUUAGCAAUGUAGGAGAGGUUUCUUGUGGCAGUUCACAUACUAUUGCUUUAUCUAAAGAUGGGAGAACUGUAUGGUCUUUUGGAGGAGGAGACAAUGGCAAACUUGGCCAUGGUGAUACCAACAGAGUGUAUAAACCUAAAGUUAUUGAAGCUUUACAAGGAAUGUUCAUUCGUAAAGUUUGUGCUGGAAGUCAGUCUUCACUUGCUUUGACAUCAACAGGGCAGGUCUAUGCUUGGGGCUGUGGAGCUUGUCUAGGUUGUGGUUCAUCAGAAGCUACUGCACUGAGACCAAAGCUUAUUGAAGAACUGGCUGCCACAAGAAUAGUUGAUAUUUCUAUUGGAGACAGUCAUUGUUUGGCUCUUUCUCAUGAUAAUGAAGUUUAUGCCUGGGGAAAUAACUCAAUGGGGCAGUGUGGACAAGGAAACUCCACAGGUCCUAUUACUAAACCAAAGAAAGUAAGCGGCUUAGAUGGCAUCGCCAUUCAGCAGAUCUCUGCCGGAACAUCACACAGUCUAGCGUGGACUGCUCUUCCUAGGGACAGACAAGUUGUUGCCUGGCACCGACCUUAUUGUGUAGAUCUUGAAGAGAGUACCUUCUCACACCUUCGUUCAUUUCUUGAGAGAUACUGUGAUAAAAUAAACAGUGAGAUUCCCCCACUCCCUUUCCCUUCAUCAAGGGAACACCACAAUUUCCUCAAACUGUGCCUGAAGCUGCUUUCAAAUCACCUUGCUCUUGCACUUGCGGGAGGGGUAGCUACUAGCAUCCUUGGGAGACAGGCAGGUCCACUUCGAAAUUUGCUCUUCAGACUGAUGGACUCAACUGUCCCAGAUGAAAUUCAAGAGGUUGUAAUUGAAACUCUGUCAGUGGGAGCAACCAUGCUGUUACCUCCAUUACGAGAACGUAUGGAAUUACUUCAUUCUCUUUUACCCCAAGGACCUGAUAGAUGGGAAAGCUUAUCUAAAGGACAGAGAAUGCAACUGGAUAUUAUUCUGACAAGUUUGCAAGAUCAUACCCAUGUAGCCUCCUUACUUGGGUAUAGCUCACCCUCUGAUGCUGCUGACCUCUCUUCCGUAUGCACUGGCUAUGGAAACCUGUCCGAUCAACCUUAUGGCACUCAGAGCUGCCAUCCAGACACCCAUCUGGCUGAAAUUUUGAUGAAGACUCUCUUAAGAAAUUUAGGAUUUUAUACAGUAAGUUGCCCUUUUUUUGUAGUAAAAGAAAAAAGAAGAAGAAGAAAACUUGGGUUGAGGGCUUCCCUGGCAGUCCAGUCCAGUG